CGUACAAGAAUACCAAAGGGUUGUCCACGGCGCAUUUAAACGAUGGUGUAAGUACAUGCAGUUUGAGAAAAGCACAUAUAUCAAUAUUAACAAUACAUAGGAAGCUGGAGGCAGAAGAAGAAGAACCGACUGUAGUGAGAAGAUAUCAACACAACGAACCAGGGAAAGUUGUUGUUGUUGUCUUGUUGUGUGGUAUCACUGUACAAGACAGUUGGGGUGGACACGGUGUGAUGUAGCUACAUACCAAACAACAUAUCGGUGGGAUAAUCACCAAGACAAUGGCAGCUUGCCUUAUCGUGUGGAUAGUUAUUUGUGAAAUUAUAGUGUCUGCUUUCGGAGAGGCAGUUUACUUUGGAACGUCGCAAAACUACGCGUGUCACUGUAAGAACAACAAUGAGUGUAAUCGUGAUACUGGAGACUGCGGUAGAAGUAGCUGUGAACAUGGAUGGAUGGGACCAAGCUGUCAAUAUGUCAAUCUCGCCGCUGGAGGAACAGUCACUGUGCGUUACUCAGCUAAGACAUUACUUAAUGAUGGAAGAGAUAAUACUUGCAGCCAGACAGAUUAUGGAAGGGAACAGACAGUUGCUGUUUCUUUCCCUACAAAACGAUGGAUUACAGAGAUGGAAAUAACAACAAAACGUACUGCGAAUUCCGGAACAAUUGAAAAUAUUGUUGUCGUGGGCGAAAUUAAGGGCUUACCGACAGUUUGUAGUUCUCCCUACUCCCGCAAUGAUAGCUUGGUGUUCAGCAUUGUGUGCGAGAGACCGAUCCUGGCUACAAGAAUCACAGCCAUGCUUACACUCAGUACAAGCUCUUAUGCCAAUAUUUGUGAAGUGCGGAUAAAUGGAGGUAUCAACAUUGCUGUGAAGAAACCAACAAAUCAAACAUCAAACUAUGUCGACAAUAAAAGGUCCAUCGUGUAUACAUCGGACCUGGCAGUUGACGGGAACACACAGUCGCGAUUUGAGUACAAAUCAUGUUCCCUCACAAAGGCAGCAUGUGACGCCUAUAAUAACAGUCGCUGGACUCUGAACCUGGAAACAUCAUACGUCCCUCUGAUGAUAAGAAUAUAUAAUAGAGCAGGUCCAGGGUUCACACAACUUCUGGCCGGAUUCAGCCUGCAGACAACAACUCCUGGCAUUACCGGAUGGCAGAACAUCUACACGGAUAACUCCGCGGAUCCCGGGCAGAUCAUUAUUCUUGUUCCAGGCCAACUACACUCCAUCAGUCUUCUGAGGGUGACCACACGGCAGUGUCAAAGACUAGCAUUGUGCGAAGUACAGAUGUUUACAGUUUGCGGUGAUGGAUCCUUUGGCUUGAAUUGUGCUCUCCAGUGUCGUUGUUACAACAAAUCGGAGGCCUGUGACAAGGUCACUGGCAGAUGUAGCUCUGGUUGUGCAGCUGGUUUCACAGGCGAUGACUGUCAGACACCAUGCCGGAAGGGGUGGUUUGGCGUAAACUGCCAAUCACCAUGUGGAAAGGAGUGCACAAACAGUGUGUGUGAUGGCGUGACGGGCGUUUGUACCGAAGGGUGCAAACCUGGAUACAUUGGUGACAUGUGCGAUCAACAAUGUACACAGGGAUUUUAUGGUGAAUCCUGCAAGUACACAUGUAGUGUUGGCUGCAGAGACCAGAAGAGAUGUUCUCCUGUAACAGGGUUCUGUGAAGGUGGCUGUGGGCACGGAUGGCUCGGUGACAAAUGUACAGAAAAGUGCCCUAACGGUACUUUUGGCGAUCGCUGCAGCUCUCAGUGCAACAGCAACUGCGACAGCGGUGUAUGCGACAAUGUAAACGGCGAAUGUUCUCAAGGCUGUGUUCCAGGAUUCCAAGGAUCACAAUGCGAUCAAGAAUGUACGCAUGGAUUUUAUGGUGAAUCCUGCAAGUACACAUGUAGUGUUGGCUGCAGAGACCAGAAGAGAUGUUCUCCUGUAACAGGGUUCUGUGAAGGUGGCUGUGGACACGGAUGGCUCGGUGACAAAUGUACGGAGAAGUGUCCUAACGGUACUUUUGGCGAUCGCUGCAGUUCUCAAUGCAACAUCAACUGCGACAGUGGUGUAUGCAGCAAUGUAAACGGCGAAUGUUCUCAAGGCUGUGUUCCAGGAUUCCAAGGAUCACAAUGCGAUCAAGCCUGCACGAAUGAAACGUACGGCCUGGGAUGUAGGGAAAACUGCAGUGAAGGAUGUCUGGAUGGCGGAUGCAGCGGGACGGACGGGACAUGUCAGUGUCGUGACGGUUGGAGGGGAGACAGGUGUCAUUUAGACUGUGAGCCAGGAUUCUAUGGCCCCGGCUGUGCAGUGUCCUGCAGUCCGAACUGUGCAGGUACAAGGUGCGGAAGGUCGACCGGGCUGUGCUCCAGCUGCCAGUCAGGGUGGACGGGAGAAACAUGUCAGCAAGAAUGUACACAGGGAUUAUAUGGUGAAUCCUGCAAGUACACAUGUAGUGUUGGCUGCAGAGACCAGAAGAGAUGUUCUCCUGUAACAGGGUUCUGUGAAGGUGGCUGUGGGCACGGAUGGCUCGGUGACAAAUGUACAGAAAAGUGUCCUAACGGAACUUUUGGCGAUCGCUGUAGCUCUCAAUGCAACAUCAACUGCGACAGUGGUGUAUGCAACAAUGUAAACGGCGAGUGUUCUCAAGGCUGUGUUCCAGGAUUCCAAGGAUCACAAUGCGAUCAAGCCUGCACGAAUGAAACGUACGGCCUGGGAUGUAGGGAAAACUGCAGUGAAGGAUGUCUGGAUGGCGAAUGCGGCGGGACGAACGGGACAUGUCAGUGUCGUGACGGCUGGAGGGGAGACACGUGCCAUUUAGACUGUGAGCCAGGAUUCUAUGGCCCCGGCUGUGCAGUGUCUUGCAGUCCGAACUGUGCAGAUACAAGGUGCGGAAGGUCGACCGGGUUGUGCUCCAGCUGCCAGUCAGGGUGGACGGGAGAAACAUGUCAGCAAGAAUGUACACAGGGAUUGUAUGGUGAAUCCUGCAAUUACACAUGUAGUGUUGGCUGCAGAGACCAGAAGAGAUGUUCUCCUGUAACAGGGUUCUGUGAAGGUGGCUGUGGGCACGGAUGGCUCGGUGACAAAUGUACAGAAAAGUGUCCUAACGGUACUUUUGGCGAUCGCUGCAGCUCUCAAUGCAACAGCAACUGCGACAGUGGUGUAUGCAGCAAUGAAAACGGCGAGUGUUCUCAAGGCUGUGUUCCAGGAUUCCAAGGAUCACAAUGCGAUCAAGCCUGCACGAAUGAAACGUACGGCCUGGGAUGUAGGGAAAACUGCAGUGAAGGAUGUCUGGAUGGCGAAUGCGACGGGACGGACGGGACAUGUCAGUGUCGUGACGGCUGGAGGGGAGACAGGUGCCAUUUAGACUGUGAGCCAGGAUUCUAUGGCCCCGGCUGUGCAGUGUCCUGCAGUCCGAACUGUGCAGGUACAAGGUGCGGAAGGUCGACCGGGUUGUGCUCCAGCUGCCAGUCAGGGUGGACGGGAGAAACAUGUCAGCAAGAAUGUACACAGGGAUUUUAUGGUGAAUCCUGCAAAUACACAUGUAGUGUUGGCUGCAGAGACCAGAAGAAAUGUUCUCCUGUAACAGGGUUCUGUGAAGGUGGCUGUGGGCACGGAUGGCUCGGUGACAAAUGUACAGAAAAGUGCCCUAACGGUACUUUUGGCGAUGGCUGCAGCUUUAAAUGCAACAGCAACUGCAACAACGGUGUAUGCAACAAUGUAAACGGCGAAUGUUCUCAAGGCUGUGUUCCAGGAUUCCAAGGUUCACAAUGCGAUCAAGCCUGCACGAAUGGAACGUACGGCCCGGGGUGUAGGGAGGACUGCAGCGAAGGUUGUCUGGAUGGCGGAUGCGACGGGACGGACGGGGCAUGUCAGUGUGAUGAUGGCUGGAGGGGAGACAGGUGUCAUUUAGACUGUGAUCCAGGAUACUAUGGCCCCGGCUGUGCCGUGUCUUGCAGUCCGAACUGUGCAGGUACCAGUUGCGGAAGGUCGACCGGGUUGUGCUUCAGCUGCCAGUCAGGGUGGGCGGGAGAAACAUGUCAGCAAGCUGAAGGGAUGCCUGCGUCUGCGAUCGGCGGGAUCGUUGCAGCUGGCCUGUUCAUCAUUCUCCUUGCAGUCAUCAUUGCUGUGGUUCUGCUCAGACGGAAAUCUGGACGUAAAGAAGAACAGGGUGUUCGGAACGACAACACGCCCGCCACUACCAGCCACUCAGUUAAAAUGAUAACAAUUAACAAAUCCUCCUCUUCGCCGACUCCGAAGAAAGGGGGAUCAUCCCAGAUUUCCCUGCUGGGGACAUCUACUGACAACAACGUGGACGGUGCUGGCGAGGUGUACUACAACAUAGCAUCUACAUCCAGGUCAGCAACGGCAGUGUCCCUGGAGGACUUCCCACAGUACGUCGGAAAGUGGCGGUCAAAGAAACAACACUUUUUUGACGAGUUUCAGAAACUUCCGAAGGACCUUAUCAAUGACCACAGCAUCGCCUUUGCUGCUCACAAUAUCAAGAAAAACAGAUACAAGAACAUCUGCGCAUUUGACCACUCGCGAGUUGUUCUCCAGGCUGAUCCCGGUGAUACUGGGGUCGGGGACUACAUCAACGCUUGCUACAUAGACACGCCAAAGAAGAAGAACGCUUUCAUCGCAGCUCAAGGUCCCAACGACAUCAUCCUCAACGACUUCAUUCGGAUGUUAUGGGAACUUGACGUUUCGAGAGUUGUCAUGCUGACGAAUCUGUUUGAGGAAGGAAAGCAAAAGUGUCACCAGUACUGGCCUGAUGAGGGAGAAGAGAUGUUUGGGAAGGUGUCCGUCAGUGUUAGAGACACGAUACAGCACGCUGACUACACGGUCAGGAAGUUUAGCUUGAGGAAAGAAGGAUGCAAGGCGCGGUCGGUGACACAGUUCCACUACACAGCGUGGCCAGACAAGGGGGUCCCAAAGUCGGCUUGGUCCCUUCUGGACUUCCGGGACAAGGUCAUGAACGUCCGGUCGUCCGGUGAUAGUCCAGUCGUCGUCCACUGCAGCGCUGGGAUAGGACGAACGGGUACGUUUAUAGCUCUCCAGUAUCUCAAGGAAGAAGCGGAACUCAGCGCCUUGCAGGAUGUGUACACGUGUGUGUGGAGCCUCAGACAUCAACGUGUCAAUAUGGUGCAAACCAAGAACCAAUACGUCUUUAUCCACGAAGCUGCUCUUGGGUCUUUGAUUUCAAUGAAAGGCGUGUCCUCAGUUGACAAGUUCCGUCAGCAGUACGACAGUCUCAUCAGUGACCAGCAACGUUUACAGAGGGAGUUUCAGACCCUCCAAGACUACCCGUUCUGUGACUCUGAAGGAGAGUACAGCAGGGCACUGAAGAACAGUGAGAAGAACAGAAGCGACACGAUAUUAGCAGGUGAUUCUUCUCGAGCAAUCCUGAUGCCACGUGCUGAAUAUAACGACAUGGGCGGCACGUACAUCAACGCGGUCUUCCUACCCGGCUUCGAGAAAACUCAGAAGUUCCUCCAAACCCAAACUCCCCUGGCGAACACAGUGUUCGACUUCUGGCGCAUGGUGUCCGACUACAAGGUGGCCAGGAUCAUCAUGCUGGAUGACUACACAGCCAAGGACGAGGAUACUGCUGUGUACUGGCCGGAUGUACACACUCCACUGGAGAUUGGACCUUUCCAUGUGAAAUGCAUAAACAUUUCCAAGAAUAGUGAAAUCGUCUUUCGACAGCUGGAACUAAGAGAGGACGAUUCCUCCAUGAACAUAGCUCAUUACACAGCCAGGUUCUGGCCAGAGGGAGGCAUACCUUCACCGGAUUCACUCCUGCAGUUUGUGCGCAUGUCGGAAGUCACGACCACAAGAGAAAAAUCUCCGAUAAUAGUACACUGCAGGUCCGGGGCAGAGAGAAGUGGCCUCUUUUGUGCAGUGGCGGCCAUCUUAGAGCGAGUGUCGGUUGACCAGACGGUGGCUGUUCCUGUCGUCGUUGGAAAUAACAAGGCUAUCAGGAAGCAUAAUAUCCCCAAUGUGUCCCAGUAUACGUUGUGCUACAAGAUGGUUGCCGAACACUUGGCAUCAGAAUCAGUCUAUUCCAACGGCGUAGAUGUCAGUGAAGAUGUUGCCGAUGAAGAAGGCGAUGAAAAUGUGUACUCUAGCAUAGAGGAACCGAUCUACUCAAACCAGUAACAGGACGGAGGGUACUGCUACAGAAAACCUGAAAGGAAUGUUAAAAUAGUUCCUGCGAUGUUACUUUAUUCAAUACCACGUGUUUCAUGCGACAUGUUUUGAACGUGAAAUAUUUUGCCUUUUCGAUACAAACAUGUUAUAAAGGACACAUUGUUGGACAGUAAUAUUCUUGUGACAAGAAUAUGUUUUGAAAAGUGAGAUAUUUGUUGUUAAAGUAUGUUGUUAUUAUUAUUAGUAUUAUUUGAUGCCAUAUGUUUAUGCUUUUUAGCUGAUAAUCAACUAGAUUCCCAUAGUGCUCAGUAGACAUAAAAGAGAACUAAAGAGCGAAUUGUGGUUAAUAUGUCAAACGAAAUUGAAAAGUAAACGUUUACUGUUAUUCAUGAAAGUGUAUUUAAAUAUAACAAGUGAUGAAGAUAUCACUCCAUGUUUCAUUGUUCAUCUAGACUGUUGACAUAUCAUAUUAAUAUGAUUCUUAAAAAUACAUGCACUGUUUGUUUUCCAUUCAGGGAGCUUCGACAAUUAGGGCAUCCCUUACAGUACACUUUCAAAGCUUUCAAUUCAUGAGUAAUGUUAGGUUCAGGGCAUGGUAGAGUUAUUAUUUAUACACAUGUUUUCAACAGCAGCUGGAACAAAUAACAUGACAGCACAAAUCAACAGGACUAUUUGUAAUGAUCUUAAGUCUGAUGAUAUUUUAUAUUCUAACCAGCGUUAAGUAUCUGAAAUGGUCCCAAUUCCCGUUUUACGCCUAAGGAACACGUUAAAGUGUCACGUAAAUGGGAAUAAAAAAAAACGGGUUCCAUUUGUCAUGACUUCAUGAUGCCAAAAUAUACGUAAACGACAGAUGACAUGGAUAGAAAAUUCCGAAACUACAUUCACUGAACUAGGUCUGGUUUCUGUGAUUGUGUUGUCAGUUUGUAUUUUUUAUUUAUCCCAAUUAACAUGUCAUCUGUAGUAAAUCCUUGUAUAUAAUUACCAUGUUACUAUUCUUUGUCGACAGGAGUUGUAUAAUGAUUAUUAAGUUGUUCUUAUCGUGAUAUGGCUGAAACAUUGCGGUGCGAUAUAAAUUUUAACUCACGCACGCACUCACUCUUCAGCAUUCCACUCACCGCCCCUUUCACAAGUUAUUUUUGCACACUGUCCCUUACAGUACUUUUGAAUAUACAUGUAUGAAUUUGGUGCUGAGGUCUUGCCUGUAAACAUGAACAAAAUGUUCCUGUUACCAUCUGUGUAAGCUUUUUAUAACGAAUAAAACAUUAUUUUAUUC